AUGGGCGGCAAAUCCCUCUUCCUUCUCCUUCUUGUGGCCCUUUUCUGCACCUCCGGAGCAAGGCGGCUCCUCGAAGACGAGCCCUUGAAGGACCAGAAAUGGUGGUACAAACAUGGCGGCCAUCCAAGGUAUGGUAGGGGUUACGGCGUCGGGCCUGGCAUUGGUGGCGGCUAUGGAGGGCUCCCCGGUCUCGGCGGAGGCUACGGAGGCGGCGCCGGUGGUGGGUAUGGAGGCGGUGUAGGUGGGGGCUACGGAGGCGGCGCCGGUGGUGGUUUUGGAGGCGGCGGUGGGUACGGCGGCGGCGUAGGUGGCGGGUACGGCGGCGGCGUAGGCGGUGGCUACGGAGGUGGUGUAGGCGGCGGAUACGGAGGAGGUGCCGGUGGCGGCUUCGGAGGAGGCGGAGGUGGCGGCUUCGGAGGAGGUGCAGGGGGUGGAUACGGCGGAGGAGCGGGGAUCGGCGGCGGAUACGGAGGAGGAGCUGGCGGUGGCUUCGGUGGUGGAGGAGGGUUCGGCGGAGGAGGCGGCUACAAGAAAGCGGCUGUCACUGACGAGUCGCCAUGA